AUGGCUCUCACGAGGGAUCAUAUGAACAUGUUUGCUUUCAUGGAUCUCUUGCAUUUCAUAAAAAUAUGUAAGAGAAAGAGUGCACGUAGGCCUGGCCAGAAGAGUGAUGGUCUCUGGCUUAAGUCUGGUUCCAGAGUGAGACAAAGCCAGUGGAACCUCAUACCUAAGAGUAAAGAGUUGAUGCUGUUGAGGGGAUGGCCUCAGAUUAAAUAUAGGCUUGUUGUAAGCGAACUGAAAGUUAAUUAUCAAGAAAUGGAUUUAGCGGUACUGAAGCAGGAGGCUGCAGACCUGGGAUUGACUGAUCCUCGUGAUAUUGCUAAGUAUGUGCAGGACCAGCAACGAGACCUGCGGGCGGAGCGCAGAGAGCGGGAGGAUCGCGAACGCGAGUUUGCGACCGCCCAGGCGAUGCGGGAGCACGAGAUUCAGAUGGCGGAGUUAAAUUUUAAGCAUAAGAUAGAGGUCCUUAAAGCUACGCCACCCCCGCCCGUGGCUCCUCCCAAGACGAAGUUGCCGAUGUUUCCUGACGACGCAGACCAGGUCGAAGCUUAUUUCCUCGUACUCGAAAGGGUCGCCGCCGAUCACGGGUGGGACGAGAAAACGAUGUUUCUGCAGCUCGUUACCCGCCUCCAGGGUCACAGCCUAGAUGUUUAUCACCGCACCGAAAUAGAAGGUAAUUUGACGUACAGUGAAUUAAAGGAGGCUCUGCUGAGUGCUUACGCUAUUAGCCUCGAGCAGGCUCGUUGCAGGUUCCAGGAAGCUCACCUUGACGAGCGGGAGACCUGCAGGCUUUUCAUCACUCGCCUCUCUCAUCUCUUCAAGACUUGGCAUCGACUGAGUAAUUUACCUGAUACCAAGGAAGGUAUCCUGGAGCUCAUUCUGGUUACUCAGCUGCUAUCUUCGCUGCCCAAAGGAUUGCGAGCUCAGCUGAGAAUGAACAAAGUUACUAGCCUGGCGGAGACUGCGGACAUAGCAGAUGGCUGGUUCUCUGCUUAUGGCUACAACUACAGGAUCAAGAAAGAGGGCGACCGAAGGCAAGAGUCAAAGAAACCUGCUAUGAGAAGUGUCGGUGAUCGCAGGGAGGCAAAAACAGAGUUAAAAUCUCCUGAAACUGCAAAAUCACAGCCGGGAGAACACAAGCACCAGCCUUUCAAUAUGCCACGGAAAGGAGGUGAGAAGAAGCCGUUCUACCAGUCCGGUCACUUGGCUACAGUGAACAGUGUCCCGGAAAAGGAGGAGCCCCAGGUACAUGUGUCUGGCCUGGCACUUGGCCACCACGUACUCUGUGCAUGCUCUCCUCUUCCCUUGCCUUCAGCAGCCAACAAGAGAUUGUCUACUGCAGAGGGCUUAGUCCAGGGUCGCAGAGCAGUUAUCAUGCGAGACUCUGGGUCCACAGGAUGUGUAGUUAAAAAAAGGUAUGUAAAAAGAAAGGAUUAUACUGGCAAAACCGUUCGUGUUACAAUGAUUGAUGGUUCACAAAUAGUGGUGAAUGAGGCAAAGGUUUUCUGCCAGUCCCCUUACUUUACAGGCACUGUGACUGCUGCUGUCAUGGAUAACCCCGCCUUCGAUUUUGUCUUGGGCAACGUGCCUGGAGCUUCUCUGGUCCCGGCAAAAGAGGUCCAGACGCAGACACAGGUGGAAGGAGGCAAGGACGCGAUGACUCAAACUGCAGAGGAGAGUGAACCUGCUGCACAAGAUGUCACCCCUAUGUCAGAAUCCCCUGGUGUUCACGAUGUACCGAUCAUAUCUGCAGGCAUUAUAGAUCAUACCAGUGCUGCUGUCACUACGAGAGCUGCUGCACGUCGCUCUGAGAUCAGCACACGGAUGGCAAGUCCACAAGGUCUGGAAGCUUUAUUAAAAGGCGAGGACAUAGCUGAGCAGCAGAAGAAUGAUGCCACCCUCUCCAAACUACAUGAAUACGCUGAGCAACGACAUGUUCGCCUCUACAAAGGAAUAAAGACGGACUUUAUAUGGCAGAACAACAGACUUUACCGACGAACUACUUUGCCGAGGGGUGAGGUGAAGCUGCAGUUCGUUGUUCCAGCUGGAUGCCGCCAACAAGUCUUCAAGUUGGGGCAUCACUCGCUCCUCGGAGGUCACAUGGGGGCAGCCAAAACUCUCGCCCGAAUACAAACCACCAUGUUCUGGCCUGGAAUGGGAGCUGAAAUCUUAAGACUCGCCCGUUCCUGUGACAUAUGUCAGAAGACAACGGACAAGGGACGCAAUACUGCGGCACCCCUACAGCCACUUCCUGUGAUUUCGGAACCGUUCUCUCGGGUGGCUGUCGAUAUUGUGGGUCCCAUUACACCUUGUGCUGACGAUAAAUCGAAGUACAUCCUUACAAUCGUUGAUUUUGCAACAAGAUGGCCAGAAGCUGUUGCUUUGAAGAACAUAGAGGCUGCCACAGUUGCAGAAGCUCUCUUUGGUGUGUUCUGCAGAAUUGGCAUACCCAGGGAAGUACUGAGCGACAGAGGCACACAGUUUACAUCAGGCAUGAUGGAAGAGACCAAGAAACUCCUGUCAGUAAAGGGGAUGAGAACUACACCAUACCACCCAGAAGGAAAUGGACUUUGUGAGCGAUUUAAUGGCACACUAAAGAAAAUGCUAAAACGCAUGGCAGCAGACCAGCCUCGGGAAUGGCCUCGCCUCUUGGCACCGCUGCUGUUUGCCUACAGAGAAGCACCACAGAGUUCCUUAAAAUUCUCCCCAUUUGAGUUGGUGUAUGGUAGACCAGUAAGAGGCCCUUUGCAAGUUCUAAGGGAGCUGUGGGACAAUACUGAGGAUGACCCAGUAAUCACCUCCUCUUAUCAGUAUGUUCUGGAUCUGAAUGAACGCUUGCAUUCUACGUGCGAACUCGCAAAGGAGGAGCUUUUGAAAAGUCAGGUCACUCAGAAGUCCUAUUAUGACAGGAAAGCUAAGCUUCGUACACUUGAUGAAGGAGAUCAGUGCUUGAUAUUGUUGCCUACGAGCACAAACAAGCUCUUAGCUCAGUGGAGUGGACCUUAUAUUAUUCUCAAGCGAGUUUCGGACGUUAAUUACAUCGUAGGAAUCGGCCACGAGAAGAAACUUUUCCACAUAAACAUGAUAAAGAAAUAUUAUCCAAGGUCCUCCCCUGUAUCUCAGCCUAGCUGUACAACUCGUCAACAAAGGGGUGACAAUCGACGUCCAGUGAAUGUUCGGCGACGGUCCUCUCCUGAUAGCGGUGUGGAUAAUUUGAAGCCUUUUGGGUGUGCGGCAACCGUAAUACCUGAGGACUCUGGUUUCUGUCAGCCCUGGACUCCUGAAACUGAUUCGAGGGAAGGACCAGAGAGUAUUAUCAUAAACCCGAAGCUAGAGGACCACCAUAAGGCAGACCUCCGUGAGAUCAUUCAGAAGUACCCCGAAAUCUUCUCUGAUCAACCCCGAGUUGCCAAGGUGGAAGAACAUAGAAUCAUCCUUCGUAAUAAAGUGCCAGUGCGCACAAAACCAUACCCUAUACCUCUGCGGUAUGUAGACUUGGUGAUCAAAGAGAUAAAGAAACUUGAAGCUAUUGGCAUUAUUGAACCGUCUAAGAACCUCACAAAAGGAUUCUUCCAGAUUCCUUUGCAUCCAGAAAGCAGGAAGAUAACAGCUUUCAAAACCCCCUGUGGACUGUAUCAAUACAAGGUGCUACCCUUUGGAUUAACGAACUCUCCCUCAGUCUUCAAUCGGUGCAUGCGUCAGGUACUUGGAGAUAUUUCGGGAGUAGAAAUCUUUAUGGAUGACUUACUCAUACAUACAUCAACUUUGGCUGAGCACCAGAAGCUGCUCGACGUAGUUUUCAGUAAAUUAUCUCUGCAUCGAAUGACCUUAAAGCCCAGCAAGUGUGAGAUAGCCUUCACACGGACACACUUCCUUGGCCACACCGUUGGAGAUGGCAAAUGCGAGUGUCAGCAGGAGAAAAUACAGAAGAUUCGCAUGGCACCGCGACCCGUAAAUCAACACCAGCUUCGUUCUUUCCUCGGCCUCGUUGGGUAUUAUCGGAGCUUCAUUAAAGACUUUACGCAGAUUGCUCUUCCGCUAUUCAACCUCCUGAAGAAAAACUGCAGCAACAAGAUGGUGUGGGGUGCAGAGCAGGAGAAAUCCUUCGCUACACUAAAGGAAACCUUGUGUUCUGAACCUAUUCUCCGACUUCCAUCCAAAGAUAAACCGUUUACUUUGCGGACAGACGCAUCGGGAGAAGGUGUUGGAGCAAUCCUUUUGCAAGAGUUUGAUGGCAGAUUAUUCCCCGUCGCUUACCACAGCCGUAGACUCUCCAAAGCUGAGUGCAAUUAUUCGACUGUUGAACGAGAGCUGCUAGCUGUUAUAGAGGGGAUUCACAAGUUUUAUUACUACUUGUGUGGUGCUAAAUUCACUUUGGAAACAGACCACAUGCCUCUCUCGCAGCUCAAACGAUCCAAGACCGCCAAUGCGCGCCUGAUGCGCUGGGGUCUCUACCUUCAGCAAUUUGAGUUCACUAUCCGCUAUAUAAGAGGAACUGAGAACGUAGGAGCUGAUCUACUCUCAAGGCUGAUCAGCGGAAGCAGCAGUGACCUUGAGGACAGUCGACCUGAAACGUCUCGCAACCCGGGACCUCAACUACAAUAUCAUGAAGCGGAGGUGGAGCAUCAACUGCAGAAGAAUCUUCAUUCCCGGGGAGCUGAGGUUCGAAACCUGUACUACUUGACUCCUGCGCAGGUUAUCACUUCAGAAUCUAACCUUGAAGGAGAGAAGCUAUCACUUCAAGCUCUCAAAUAUGAUAUUAACAUAUUCCACAUCUGA